AUGGCAGCAACGGCCGCUGGGCGAAGUCCCAAGCCUAUGAGGUUUCGCAAUCUUGCCGUGUUCAGUAUCUUUGGUAUGCUGAGUGGAAGCUGGUUGAUGUUCCGCUUCUUGGCACAGAGGCGAGGAGCCAUGCUCGCGAAUAGCCAUGAACUGGCGUCGUUCCGAAGUGGAGAGUCAAAGCGAACGGACCAAGGAAGCUAUGAAGGGGAAGAUGCCCGGACACUUCGCAACAAACGCUAG